AUGUAUGCUUCGGCGAAGCUCCUGGCGACGGGCGCCACUGGUAGCUGCUGCGUAGAAUUGGAUGCGAUUCGCGCUCUGAAUACGAUAAGGCAUGUCUAUUGUUGGGAUUCCUGGUCGUAUGCUGCCUUAAAUGCGAGGUGCCGCCGGCAGGAGCGCUGUUACAGCGUCCUCAACGAUGCCAAUGCAUCGUCAAACGCUAUCACUGGCAUGCUGUUGCAGCGGAGGCAUGGGCAUUCAGCAGUACCAUAUCGCAGGAAUAGUGCCCAUGGAGUGAAACGAUCUUUCUCCAGCGCGGCAACCUCCAGGUUGACGUGGAAGGACCACGUGCAGGAGGCACGCUCUGCUCUCCGAACGUGCGAUUUCGUGGCUGUUGACGUGGAAUACACGGGUUUGCACCUCAAGGAUGAUCGUUUCGUGGGAUUGGAGAAGUGCUAUGAAGCGCAUGCCUCUGGCGCCAAGCAGUUCGUGCCCUGCCAAAUAGGUCUGACUGCAGCCAAGUAUCUGGGCAAGGGGGUGUGGAAGAUCACCCCUACCUCCGUGUACACAAUACCGUCGUCGAACAAGUUUUUCCAGGUGAGCACGAGCACGCUGCAGUUCCUCAAGGACAACAACUUCGACUUCAACAGCUGGAUCCGCCACGGCGUGGAGCACCUCACGCCGGCCGAGGAGCGCGAUCGGAAGGCCAGUAUCGAGCUGCGCAUUAAAGAGCUCGACCAGCUGGUGAACAGCGCACCUCCUGGUACGCCAGCGGCAGCCGUGGAAUUCGACCUAUCCUCCCUGACGGCGGAGGACCGGUCGGUAGCCGAGGACGUCAUCGGUCGCAUUAAGGAUUGGAUUCGCAGCGGGGAUAACAACCCCCUGGAAAUCGAACUAGACAGCGCGUUCCAACGCCUGCUCAUGCACACAAUCAUCGGCCAGCAGUUCCCUGAGGUCUACAGCCAUUCAGCCCGUCGGGGCGACGAGAAGGUGAUCUGCAUCUACAAGUCGCAGGUCGAGUUGUACAAGCAGCAAAAGCUGACGCUGCAGGCUGAACUGGCACGCAUCGACGAGGAAAUCGGUGUGAGGGCGCUAUUCGACGAAAUAUCGCAGCACGGGAAAAUCCUUGUGGGUCACAACUGUUUCUACGACAUGCUGCACAUCUACCAGACCUUCUACGGCGAGCUGCCGGAGUCCGUGGAGGAGUUCCGCAAGCUCUGGACUGAUAAGUUCCGAAACACGCUGGACACAAAAUACAUCGCCGAGUUCCACGACGCCGUGGCAUCGACGCAACAGUCGUCCACCCUGAAGGGCCUGUUCGACCACAUGUGCGCGACUGAGCCCACUGCACCAGGCGGAACCACCAUCUCCGUCCAUCCGCUUCCCGGCACUUCGUGGGUGCUGCCGCCGGCGGUGCUUCCGCUGUUGGCGAAAACCGGCACGCCGGCGGAGAUAUCGGCCGACUCCUUCAAGACCGCCGACGGAAGCGCCACGGUCAUGCAGUCACACGACGCUGGAUACGACAGCUUCAUGACCUGCGUGCUGUUCGUGUUGCAGAGCGGCCGCAUCCUCCGGUCCAAGCACGCGAAUUGGGAUAAGCUAUGUGCGUCGUCGCCUGACGGGUCCCUCAACGCCCUUGCGCUGCUUGAGCACAUCGGGCCGUCCACCAACUGCAUCCGCCUGGUGAAAUCGCAGCCAAAUGCAAUAAACCUGGCCACCAACCGCGAGGGUAACAUGGACCGGUACUUUCUGAUGACGGGGUACCCCAACUCGUGGAAGAAGUGGGACAUCAUGAAGGUGUGGUCGCCCCUGUGGGUGUCCGUCAGCGUGAUCGACGACACCUCCUGCUGGGUGAUAGUGAAGAACGACGAGGACAUCCGCAACAUUAACCUGAUCUAUCGCAUGAUGAAGAACCCGCAGUUCAGGCUCGAGACGUAUGAGCAGUCGCGAAGCAGGAAGCCGGGCACAGACGCUACUCUCACACCCGUCGCGUCGGAUGACCGGAAGUGUAUCUGA